AUGACCAUCAACCCAGACUCCCAAUCCCUCCCCACAGCCGCCCAAAUCCCCCUCCAAAACUUCCAUCUCCCUCCAUUCCCCACCGAAGCAGCCAACCUCAAACACCUAACCCUAACAUCCGACAUCAAACCAACCGACUACGCAGACCUCCUCUCCACCCCUCUAUCCCAGGACGCAAUACCACCUACUCUACCCCGGGGAAUCGAAUCCCUAACCCUAGAACUCUUCUCCCUAGGCUAUCCAGCCCCCUUCCUCACAAAACUCGGAAAAGCCCUCCCCAACCUCAAAGACCUGACUCUAUAUUCCCAUCUCAUUGACGGCGUAAGCGAUUCCUCCCGCCGCGACGCAGGGGAUUUCAUCCACGAUGUCCUGACCGGGUCAAAAGAUGGGGGGCUACGAGAACUCCAUCUCCUGGACCUAUUCUGCCGAAAAGGCUUCAUCUCAGGAAUCGGGGACAUUCUACUCGACCUGAGUAGUAUUGAAGACGAUUCGAAAUCCCAAAGCGCAUUACGCUUCCUGGAAGUCUCGUAUACGUAUCGGGGCCAUUCGGAUGGGGAAUUCUUGUCUCGGAUUCCGGUGGAUGAGUUACCGAACUUGCUUGUUGGGGGGUUGGUUGCUGUUUCGUUGAGGUUGGAGGCGACUACUCCUACUACUCCUGCUGGUGCCGGUGGUGGUUCUGAUACUGGGUUGGAGAGGGUGCCUGAUGAUCCGGCUGAUGUGGAUGAGAAUGGGGAGCGGGUUGGGAGGAAGCCGGAGGGGAUUGUACCGGUUGGGUCUGGGGAUGAGGGGACUAGGCUUUUGGUGGAGAGGCUGGUUGGGACUGGAACUGGAAUUGGAACUGCAGAAGAGGUGGAGUCUGACUCUGAAUCUGGGUUGAGGAUGCUGGAUUGUACGCUCUAUACCUUGUCGCUUAAGCAGCUGGGAGGGGUACUGGGGCGGCAGAGACGGUUGGCUGUUCUCAGUGUUAGUGUUCUUGUCUCUGAGGGAGAUGAUGCGAAGCGGGAAUUAUUGGACACUUUGAAAUUGGGGGGUGAGGAGCUUGAGGUUGUGGAGGUUGUGGGGGUUCCUGGAUCGGAGUGGAAGGAUGUUGGGGACUCUGUGAAGACUGGAGACCUCUUCCGGGAUGCGUUUCCUUCGUCGUCUGAUAUGUUGGAUCUUGCUACUGCUUUGCCGCGUUUGGAGAGCUUUUCGAUGACUAUUUUGAGGGCGCCGGCCUUUGGGUCUGUUUCUUGGGUAAAGAAGGAUGGUAAAUGGGUGGAUGGCACUGGACAGCCGUAG